CUAUCUAAGUUGGGGAACCGCUGUUUUCUGUCCUUUUUCUCCUUACGAGUCCUGAGACGGGUAGGGAUCCAAAAACAUCUUCCCGUGGAACGUCACCUUUUACAAUCCAACAAAAAUGAUCAUCUACAAGGAUAUCAUCACCGGAGAUGAGCUAUUCACCGAGGUCUACAAAAUCACGGAGGUCUGCGACGGUAUGCUGUACGAGGUACAGGGGAAGCUCACUUCCAGAUCGGAGGACGUCGACGGUGCGUUAAUCGGUGCCAACGCCUCUGCAGAGGGCGGCGAUGAGGGUAGUGAAGCGUCCACGGUCAGUGGCGUCGACAUUGUGCUCAACAGCAAACUGCAGGAGACCUCGGCAUACAACAAGAAGGCUUACCAGAGCUACAUCAAGGGCUAUAUGAAGGCGGUCAAGGCCAAGCUGGAGGAGCAGGGCUCUAAGAGGGUACAGGCCUUCAUGGCAGGCGCUCCAGCAGCUGUUAAGAUGAUCCUGGGAAACCUCGAUAAAUACCAGUUCUUCACCGGCGAGUCCAUGAACUGUGACGGCGCCAUCGGCCUGCUGGACUACCGCGAGGACGGAGUCACGCCCUUCUUCGUUUUCUUCAAAGACGGCAUCGAGAUCGAGAAAUACUAAACCAUCCGGACGUCUAACAGAAGUGCCUGGACCGGAGGGAGCGCGUCUGCUUGUUACCAUAGCUACCACCGCCCCUGAUCAUGGACAGACUGACCCUGCCCUGCCUGCUUGUUACCGUAGCGACCGCCGCCCCGAUCAUGGACAGACUGACCCCGUCUGUAUCCCUCCCAACACCUGGAACAGACUUGUCUUUCUUUUAAUCUCAAGGUUUUUUUUUUGGGCCCCAAC